GUUCCCCUCUAUUUCUUGUCCCGUUCCGGCGUACAAAGACACCGGUUCCACGCGCGUCGCCUGCCGAACCACCGGAGCCAUGUACCCGAAGCCGGACGACGCGGCCGCCCUGUACCCGAGGCAGGAGUCCGCCCCGGCGACGGGCAUCCCGAUGAGCGGCGCGGGCCGCUCCGGCGGCGUCGGGCCCAACGCGCCCAACGCGUACUACCACCAGCAGGCGGCGCCGACGGCGGCCGCGUUCGCCAUGCAGGCGCCGCCGCUGGCGGCGUGGUCGACGGGGCUUUGCGACUGCUUCGACGACUGCAGCAACUGCUGCGUGACGUGCCUGUGCCCCUGCAUCACGUUCGGGCAGGUGGCGGAGAUCAUCGACCGCGGCUCGACGUCGUGCGGCGCCAGCGGCGCGCUCUACGCGCUCAUCAUGCUGCUCACCGGCUGCCAGUGCGUCUACUCCUGCUUCUACCGCGCCAAGAUGCGCGCGCAGUACGGCCUGCAGGAGGCGCCCUGCGCCGACUGCUGCAUCCACUGGUGCUGCGAGCCAUGCGCGCUCUGCCAGGAGUACCGCGAGCUCAAGAAGAGGGGAUUCGACAUGAACCUCGGAUGGCACGCCAACAUGGAGAGGCAGGGGCGCUCCCCGGCGACCAUGCCACCCCUUAUGCACCCAGGGAUGACCCGUUGAUCCAUCACUAUAUGCUGUCCAACGGCGACGGGGUGAAUCGGAAGUAAUUUCACUACAGAAACCAGUGUCGAACUUUAGGAAUUACCGCUUUAUUUAUUAAUAAUGCGUGCAUAUGCAUGCUUUGCAAAACUGUUGCUCGGCCGAUUGAGAAAUAUCCAUAGUCGUUCGAACAAAA